AUGUCUCAGGAGAAUGACACAUGGAAGAAAGAGGCCCUGGGGGAUGAGCUUGCCGCCAUGAGGCUGCAGAAGCUGGAACAGCAGCGGCGGUUGUUUGAGAUGAAGCAGCGACGGAAGCGCCAAGAGCCCCUCAUGGUUCAGGCCAAUCCUGACGCUUCCCUGCGGCCCCGGCGACCGCGGCAGCGGGAGGAGCGCUUCUCGGGUGACAGCGGCCCCGGGAACCCUUUCCUUCAGGAGAACGUGCCAGAGACACAUCUGCGCCCUGGUGCCCGCAGUGUCCUGAGCACCGUGAGCUGCGGUGGAGAUGGCAGUGGCGACCGUGGACCCCUGGUAUCGCCGACAGAAACAGUAUUCAGAAAUCCCAGUCUCCAGACCCCCCCCCCAUCCUGAUUACCAGGCAGUUCCGAUCUCGAGUUGGAGGAAGUCUCCGUGGAGGAUAUUCCUGCCUCACCACCUCCUUAUGAAGAGCCUCCGGGGACUCGGCGCAGGGGUUGGCCAGCCCGCCAACGACCUGGGGGCAGUGCUGAGGACGAGAGCGAAUCCCAGGAUGUUGGAGAUGAACACGAGGUGCCCAGUCCGAGACCAAACCCUGGAAUGGUUGGUGACGGGGGCCAUGGAGACUUAGCCUCCAACAAGGGCGAAGACCUGCAAGAGAAGAAAGAGGAGUCGGAGUCUACAGUGAGGAACUUCCCAUGGGCGACCGACGAAGAGGUGUCCGAGGCCCCGGAAGGCGCGGGCGGCGCGGGCAACAGCGAUGUGGGGAGCUCGCUCCGCUGGCCUCCCCGCGCCCCAGGCCCUCGGCUGGGCGAGGACAUGGAAGCGUAUGUGCUGCGGCCAGCGCUGCGCGGUCGCACGGUGCAGUGUCACAUCAGCCGCGACAAGCGCGGGGUAGACAAGGGCAUGUUCCCUUUCUACUAUCUCUACCUGGAGGCGGCCGACGGCCGAAAGCACUUCCUUCUGGCUGGGCGCAAGAGAAAAAGGAGCAAAACCUCUAAUUACCUCGUCUCCCUGGACCCCACAGACCUAUCUCGGGAUGGGGAAAAUUUUGUGGGCAAAGUCAGAUCUAAUGUCUUGGGCACCAAAUUCACCAUCUUCGACAAUGGGGUGAAUCCAGAAAGGAAGAAUUUUGUCCCAGAGACUGCUCGGAUCAGGGAGGAGCUGGGGGCUGUGUGUUAUGAGACCAACAUCUUGGGAUUCCGAGGGCCCCGGAAAAUGACUGUGAUCAUUCCAGGAAUCGACGCCCAGAACCAGAGAAUCAGUGUCCAGCCACAAAAUGAACAGGAGUCGCUAUUGAGUCGCCUCCAACGGGGGGCCAACCAGGGGCUGGUCCUGCUGCAAAAUAAAACCCCAUCGUGGAGCGACGAGAGCGGCGCCUACGUGCUCAAUUUCCACGGUCGCGUCACUAGGACCUCGAUCAAGAACUUCCAGAUCGUGCAUCCGGAUGACCCGGACUACCUGGUGCUCCAGUUCGGUCGCGUAGCCCCAGACACGUUCACCAUGGACUUCCGCUUCCCACUGUGUCCGCUCCAAGCCUUCGCCAUCUGCUUGUCCAGUUUCGAUGGGAAGCUGGCAUCCCUUGAUGGAGGAAGGCAGACCUCGGAGCAGCCUCAGCCUGGCCAGCAGCGCCUCUACCAUCUCCUCGCUUGGCAGCCUGAGCACCAAGGACAGCUCCGGGCUCCGGCUCUGGAAACGCCGCUGGUUCGUCCUCUCUGGCCAUUGCCUCUUCUAUUACAAGGCCGCGAGGAGAGCGUCCUGGGAAGCGUCCUGCUCCCCAGCUACAGUAUCAGGCCAGAUGGUCCAGGAGCCCCCCGAGGGCGGCGCUUCACCUUCACCGCGGAGCACCCGGGCAUGAGGACCUACGUUCUGGCGGCUGACACACUAGAAGACCUGAGGGGCUGGCUACGGGCACUGGGGCGGGCCUCCCGCGCGGAGGGGGACGAUUGUGGGCAACCCAGGUCAUCUGCACGUCCCCAGACUGGGGAGGGCCCUGGCGGCCCCGGUGGUCCCCCAGAGGUGAGCAGAGGGGAAGAGGGGCGCGGCUCAGAAUCACCGGAGGUGGCUCGUCUCUCCAGAGGUCGUGGCCGGCUGCUCACCCCCAGCCCCAUGGCUGACCUCCAAUCUGGACCCCGAAUUCGGAGGACAAGGAGCCCAGACCUGUUCACACCCUUCUCUCGCCCUCCCUCCCCUCUGAGCCUCCCCCGGCCCCGUUCUGCUCCUGCACGCAGACCCCCUCCCUCCUCUGGAGACACAGCACCUUCUGCCAGACCCCAUACCCCCUUGAGUCGCAUCGAUGUCCGGCCUCCCCUGGAUUGGGCCCCCCAGCGCCAGACACUCUCCAGGCCCCCCACUCCCCGACGAGGACCGUCCUCCGAGGCUGGGGGAGGAAGGGACCCCAGGAGUCCCCAGCACUGGAGUCAGGAGGCCAGAACACCGUAUUCCUCCCAGGCCCCCUCUGGUUCCUCCACAUAUCUCCAGCUCCCUCCAAGGCCUCCCGGGACCCGGACUUCCAUGGUUUUAUUGCCGGGUCCCCCUCUAGACUCAACCUUCCACCAAAGCUUGGAGACAGAUACUCUGUUGACCAAGUUGUGUGGGCAGGACCGGCUCCUGAGGAGGCUGCAGGAGGAGAUAGAUCAGAAGCAGGAGGAGAAGGAGCAGCUAGAAGCAGCCCUGGAAUUGACUCGACAGCAGCUGGGCCAAACAACCAGGGAGGCUGCAGCUCCUGGGAGGGCUUGGGGGCGCCAGCGCCUCCUGCAGGACCGACUAGUCAGUGUGAGGGCCGCUCUUUGUCACCUGACCCAGGAGCGAGAGCGGGUUUGGGACACGUACAACAGCCUGGAACAGGAGCUGAGCACCUUGAGAGAGACCCUUGAGUACCUGCUGCACCUCGGGUCCCCCCAGGACAGAGCAUCUGCUCAACAACAACUGUGGAUGGUGGAAGACACACUGGCAGGUCUGGGGGGCCCCCAGAAACCACCCCACCACACUGACCCUGACUCCCCAUCCCCUGCACUCCAAGGCAAGGAGUCCUCAGAGAGGGAGAGCCUGCCUGAGUCCUUGGAACUGAGCCUACCCCGGUCCCCUGAGGCUGACUGGGGGCGGCCCCCAGGGGGCGACAGAGAGCUUGCCAGCCCUCGGUCAGGUCUUGGAUCUCCAAGGGUCUCCCGGGCUUCCAGCCCUGAGGGUCGCCGCCCCCCUUCCCCACAGCCAGGAACCAAGGUCCCUCUGGCCCGGCCCCGGAUGAGUGCUCAGGAGCAACUGGAGAGAAUGCGCAGACACCAGGAGUACGGUCGGCCUCUCCCUUGCCCAGCCUCCCCCCGGCUCCUCACUCUGGGGAGGACACUGUCCCCAGCCGGUCGCCAGCCUGACGCAGAACAAAAACCUGUCUUGGGACACUCAGGAGCCCAGAAAUGGCUUAGAAGCUCGGGGUCCUGGAGCAGUCCAAGGAACACCACCCCUUAUUUGCCGACAUCCGAAGGGCACCGGGAGCGAGUUCUCAGCCUCUCUCAAGCCCUGGCCACUGAGGCGUCGCAGUGGCACAGAAUGAUGACAGGUGGAAAUUUGGAGUCUCGAGGAGACCCUCUUCCCCCAGCCCCGCCGCCUCCGUCAGAGCCCCCGCCCCAGGUGUCCUCCCCCCCAAGAUCUCCUCCAGCUGCCAAUUCCCGCUCCUUGGGGUUCUCCCGCAGAGGUAGUGGGCGCGGCGCAGGCCCCGCCUCCUGGGAGCCGACGUGGGAUUCCGGGAUCGCCCCUCCCGCCCUAACCCAAGACGAGGGGGCGUGGCCUCUUCGAGUCACUCUGCUGCAGUCUAGCUUCUGACCCGCCUAAACGUAGCAACCAAUCAGAGAGUGAGGGCGUGGCCUGGAGGUACCCCCUGGAGAUCUGGAGCCUCUCCGGGAACCUGGGGGCGUGAUCUGGUCCCCUCAGGUAGCCUAGAAGGGGAGGGGUUUCUAUGGCCAAAGUUUGAUUUUCCCAACACUUGUCCAGAUUUGGAUUAAAACUUUGAACCUUUAGUCAAGAACUUUCUGUCUGAGGUUGUUACGCUGGUGUCUCUGAGGGGUAGAGCCGGAGUAGUGGGCUUCUGGGCCCCGAGGGAGGAGGGGACAAGGACCUCGGACUUGUAGGUCUGAGGAAGGAGGAAGCUCGGGGUCCAGGUUACUGGUUCUGAGGGAGGAGGGGGCUGGGGACCAGGAUUCCUGGAUCUGAAAGAAGAGAAGCCUAGGGACCUGGAGUUUUGGGUCCGAGGGCAGAGGGGGCGAGACGGCAGGAAUCCUGAGUUUGAGGGAGGAGGGGUUUGGGGAUCCGGACCUCUGGGUCUGAGGGAGGACGGGGCUGGGACCAACCUUCCAGGCUUCUGGCUUUCCUGGCAACGGCCCCCAGGGCCGGGCUUCCAGGAUCCAGCCCCUAUUUACCGUUCGACCCCACGACCUCACCGGAUUUUGAGGUGGAUAGAAUCCUGGAGUGAGUGACAGAGGGAGAGACAGUCUCACGCGGAAUGGCAACGGGAACGCGCUAUGCUGGGAAGGUGGUCGUCGUGACCGGGGGCGGGCGCGGCAUCGGAGCCGGGAUCGUUCGAGCCUUCGGUGAGUGGGGUCUGGCUGGCUCUGAAUGUUGGGAGUCUGGGAGAGGAGGGACCCUCGGGGGCUAAUUAAUGGGUGUGGAAAGAAGUAUCUUCUGUACUGGAAUCUAGAUUCUUAUCUUAUAAAAUCCCAUUUGCAAAGUUAAUGAAAAGAUAGGCAGUGGUAGCCUGGGGCCUGAGAUUUUGGCGGAUUUCCAAACGCCAUUGACUCGCUUUCGGCGGGUCUCGGUAAUGGCUGCAAAACGGGUGGUUUGGGGGAACAUGCCUCUUGCAGAUUUAGGGUUUACUCUGGAACCCGGGGAUGGAGGCUCAGGAGCUCCAGCAAGCACCUGGAGCAGCCAAGGAGAAUAUGUGUCAAAACUUCUGCCCUUUGUCCUAAGGGAUUAUCAUGAGACUUUGGGGUCACGAGGGGAGCAUAGUGGGAGACGGCCCCACUUCAGGUGGCCACUAGAGGGCACCAGAGGGCUUCGCAAAGGCCUGUGCUGGGUUAACCAGUUCUCUUCCCAUCCUCAGUGGAAAGCGGUGCCCAAGUGGUUAUCUGUGACAAAGAUGGUGAGUGAGGGUCCCUCAGUCCUCACCCCCACCCCUCCAGGAGGAGUCCGGGUCCCCAGACCCUUCCUCCCUCUGACCCAAGAGUCCAGACCCCCAGCCCUUCUCUUCCUGCAGAGUCCGGGGGUCGGGCGCUGGAGCGGGAGCUUCCUGGCACCGUCUUUCUGCUCUGUGAUGUGACUCAGGAGGAAGAUGUGAAGGUGAGCGUAUUUUCUGUCCCUACCCCCGGUAUCUCCACUUUUUUCUCCACCCCGCCCCAGGCUUUUGCACAUGCUGUUCCCUCUGCCUUCCCCCCUUCUCCUGUCUAAAUUGUACCCGUCCCAGAGGUUUCAGCUCAGUAUCAUUUCCAGGCUUUCGCUAACUCUGCCGACCAGGUCCUGUGUCUCCUGGGAAGAUUCUCCUUUAUCUCCCACUCCCUCAAGGCUCUUGUCACACCUGUCAUGUGGAUUGGGACAAAUAAGUUCCUCACAGUGAGUCUCUUUCUGUAAGAGUUUUUCUCUUUCCUCAGGGUUUCUGGUCUUUCUCUUUAGCCAGCAUCUCUGACAUCUGCCCCUGCACCCCAGUCCCAGGUCUCUGGAGUAGUGACCGCAGUGUGAAUGUCAC